ACUCCUCCGGUCGAGUAGUUUUGAGUUGCUGGGCAGGCCCAGAAGGUUUAUCGGCAGGUGUCGAGGUCUCCUGCCCGUCGUUCGCGGCAGGAAGAAGCCACCUGCAUUCCUCAGGCUCUGUCCGUCCUCCAGAAGAGCCGCUGUAUAGUCGCGUGCUUCACGUAGAGUUCUUCUCGUGCCGGGCUGGCUGCCCUGGUGAAGCUGGUGGAGCUCGUGGCUCCAGGGACCUCUCCAGGGAUGAAAAUAGGUGUGCCUAAAAGCAGAUUUUAAAAGCAGUUUUCUUCAAAACAUCCUUUUUCAUACCACAUGAUAAGCAUCUUGAUUCAUCAUGGCAGUAGCAGCAGUAAAACGGGCAGUAUCAAACACAACUGUCUUGAAACAUUUAUUUCCAAUUCAAAAUGGAGUUUUAUAUUUUGUGUGUCAUAAAUCUACAUAUUCGUCUCUUCCAGAUGACUAUAAUUGCAAGGUAGAGCUUGCUUUGACAUCUGAUGGCAGGACCAUAGUAUGCUACCACCCUUCAGUGGACAUUCCAUAUGAACACACAAAACCUAUCCCUCGCCCGGAUCCUGUGUAUAAUAGUGACGAAACACAUGAUCAAGUACUGAAAACCAGAUUAGAAGUAAAAGAUGAGCCCCUUGAGCAAGGACCCAUGAUAGAACAACUUAGCAAAAUGUUCUUUACCACUAAGCACCGUUGGUAUCCUCAUGGACAGUAUCACAGACGUCGUGUGAAAUUGAAUCCUCCAAAAGACAGAUGAUUUCAAGGUUCUCAUCAGUAAUCAAAGAGAAACGUUAUCCUUUGCCUCAUUUGCCACUUGAGAAAACGCAAUCGGUGUUUUCACUACUAUGUUAUAAAAUAAUAACAAUAAAAUACCUUUUCGUAUACUAGAAGGUGUAUUUCUUUACAUAAAUAAUUUUGGAUUUGACAUUCUUAUUUAGAGAAGCCUAGUACGUCUUUGGAACCCUGGUGGUGUAGUAGUUAAGAGCUUGGCUGCUCACCAAAAGGCUGUCAGUUUGAGUCCACCAGCUGCUCCUGGAAACCCUACGGGGCAGUUCUACUCUGUCCAGUAUGGUUCCUAUGAGCUGGAAUCAAUGGCAUCGGGUUAUUACAUCUUUAUUUCUCUUUUGAGAUAUUAGUCCGUCAUUUAUUUUUAUGUGUCAAGUAUGAUUUUUGUAUCAGUAGCUUAACAUUGUUAGUAUUAUAAAUAUAGUUAAUAAAACUGUGAUUCUCCUUCUGAAGGUUUUUUUUUAAUUGGCUUUGAGAAUAAAUUUAUGAGGUCCACCCAGAAAGUAGAUGUUACAGUGUUUCCUUUUCUGUGGCUUGAGAAGAAAAUACAUUACUUACGUUUUAGUCAGUUUCUGUUAUCUGCUAGGACCAUCGCAUACAUCAUUAAUAAAUUCUCAAAGUAAUUUUUCGAAGAAGGAAACUUCAUCCCCAUUUUACAGAUAAGGCUAAAUGAUGUGAACGCUCCCUAAACCCAAACCAAGCUCAUUGCCAUCGAGUCAGUUCCGACCCUGUAGGAUAGAGUAGAACUGCUCCAUAGGGUUUCCAAGGAGCUGCUGGUGGAUUGGAACUACUGACUUUCGGUUAGCAGCUGAGCUCUUAAUCAUUGUGCCACCAGGAACCCUCCCUAGCAGGUAAGAAAGACAGGAUUUAAACUGUCAGGCGCCAAACCUUUUUUUUUAGUGCAUUAUGAUGACAAAGGAAUAUUGUAUAUAAUUCUGUUUUAGGUUUUUCUUUUCCUGGCUGUCUCAGAAAUUAUGCUAGCUUCAGAACACAUGCAAAUAGCUGCAACUCUGUGAUUAAAAUGUUAAUAUCAUUAGUCUGGUGUCAGGAGAAUGUUAAUAGAUUAUUCUGCUGUUGGUUGUCCCCACCAGUUUAUAAAUGAUCUAUAAUUGCCUCCUUGUAUUUCAGUUUAGGGGUGAGGAAUCCUUUAAGGUGGAAAGGUGCUUUAUUCAAACCUGUAAAAUAUUUGUGACAUUUGUACAAAUGAUGCGAAAAAUAAUUUUCAUUCAAGGUAUGUUAUUUGGCCUAGUUCUUUUAGUAAAGGAACUCUAACUGAGGGUUUAAAUGUUCCAGUAAAAUAUGAGGAAUAGUGAAUAGAACAAAGUAAAGGCAGUAACCUUCUGUUACCCAAAGGAAAUGUUUUAAAUGGUUAUUUUUUUUAUUAAUAUUUUUGAAAGAUCAAAGAAAAAGCAAAUUGAUAAACUUGAUAAGCAGAAAUACUUGUUAGCCAUGUUGAUAUAGCCUUGAAAAAUGGCUAGUUUUCAGGUUGAUUUAUAUCAAAAAUUUUACAGAUUGAGAUAUGUUAUAAAUGUUGGGAGAAUAAAAAACCAAGCCACAAUAAAAUACAAACUUUCUCAGUUCUAAGAUGCCCAAGUCACUUAUUCCUAUGUCAAUGUUUUGGGGAAUUAACAUUGACUUUAUUGUACUGUAGGGUCGCUAUGAAUCGGAAUCGAAUCGACGGCACUGGGUUUUGUUUUUUUUUUUUCAUUAUACUGGAAAUAUAGAUUAACACUGUAGUUCCUUAUUUCUUAUUUUCAUAGGUUGCUGAUUUUUAAUUUUGCUGAUUAAAUACAUAUUCCUCACCACCGUGACCUGCCCUACACACCUCUUAUCCCCACCAGGGAAGGGAACCUAUUCUUCACCAUCGUGGACAUUUUAUGACAGGAAGCCAAAAAAAGAUAACUCUGUUUUUGCAGACAUUUUUUAAAAAAUUGCAGAAGAUAGGACAACCCUUUAAAUUGAGUAAACUUAGUGUCAUGCAAAACUCACUACACAAUCCUUGUUUUCAUAUUUCCAUUGGUGGGAAUUGAAGAGCAUCUGAGAAUUUUGGAUUAACACACAUAGAAUUUAAUUGAUAAAAAGCAUUGUUGGUGAAACCACCAGAGGGCGCUCUUACAUAGGGCUCAAUUUGAACAUUGCCAAAGGUACCCCACUGCCCGUGGUCAGUUCCAACUCUUAGCGACUACCAAAGGUAGUGACUUUUUAAAAGCACUUAAUUAGCAGAGAAUUUGUAUGUUCGUUAGGUGAGAAUAACUAGUGGAAUAAAUGGAAGUGGUGAAAUUAUGAAAGCCUAUAGGGUCGUUAGGAAUCGGAAUCGACUGCAGUGGGUGUGGAUUUUGGUUAAGUGUUAAAAUGGAGCCCUGGUGGCACAAUGGUUAAGAGCUUGGCUGCUAAGCAAAAGGUCAGCAGUUUGAAUCCACCAGCUGCUCCCUGGAAACCCUAUGGGGUGGUUCUACUCUAUUCUGUAGGGUCACUAUGAGUCGGAAUUGGCUCAGUGGCAAUAGGUUUGGUUGUUUGGGUAAGUGUUAGAAUAUUCUGAGACCAUUAUUUAUUCUGUUGAUCCAUUCAUUAAACAUUUAUUAAGCACCUACCCUCCUGGUGCAGUGUUUAUCUCAGCUGCUAACCAAAAUGUCUGCAGUUCAAAUCCACCAGCCGUUUCUUAGAAACCCUAUGGGGCAGUUCUACCCUGUCAUGUAUGGUCAUUACGACCAUGAGUUGGAAUUGACUGGACGGCAACAAGUUUGAUUUGAGUUUUAGACGUGAGGAGGCAUUAUACUUUUUGCCAGGCCAAUAGCAAAAAAUGGUCCCUUGUUAUAAGGACCACAGUAUCUACUGAACUACUUAAUUUUUCUAAUGAUGUUCUUUCCUAAUUAUGAAAGUAAUGUAUCAUUAUUUUUUAAAAUAGGAGACUAAAUAAAAUUGCCCGUGUUCCAUCCAAGGAUACACUGUUAACAUUUCUAUGUACCUUCUUCCCUUUUAUUUCUCUGCAUAAAUAUGCUUCAAAAAAAUAAAAAUAGGGCUUAUUAUGUGCUAUGGGUUGAAUAGUGGCCCCCAAAAUGUGUGUCAACUUGGCUAUGCCAUGAUUUCCAGUAUUGUAUGGGUGCCCACCAUUUUGUGAUCUGAUGUGAUUUUCCUAUGCGUUGUAAUAAAUCCUACUGCUAUAAUGACAAUGAGGCAGGAUUAGAGACAGUAAUACUAAUGAGUCAGGACUCAAUCUACAAGAUUAGGUUGUGUUUUGAGUCAAUCACUUUUGAGAUUUUUAUAAAAGAGAAGCGAGCAGAGAGAUGGGGACCUCAUGCCACCAAGAAUGAAGAACCAGGAGGGGAGCUUGUCCUUUGGACCCAGGGUCCCUGCACUGAGAAGCUCCUGUCCUACAUCAGGGGAAGCUUGAUGACAAGGACCUUCCCCCAGAGUUGACAGAGAAAGAAAGCCUUCCUCUGGAGCUAGCACCUGAGUUCAGAUUUCUAGCCUCCUAGACUGUGAGAGUUUCUUUUUGUUAAAGCCAUGCACUUGUUGCAUUUCUGUCAUAGCAGCACUGCAUGACUAAGACUGUGCAUGCUGGUUUUUUGUUGUUGUUUGUUUUUAAUAAUAUUUUAUUGUGUUUCUGGCAAAUUUUUACACAGCAAAUUAGAUUCCCAUUUAACAAUUUCUACACAAAUUGUUCAGUGACAUUGGUUACAUUUUUCACAAUAAUAUGUCAAUAUUCUCAUUACUUCCGUUCUAGUUGUUCUGUUUCUGGUAGUUUCCGUAGCCCCUUUAUCUUCUCAUCUUUGCUUUAGAGUAAAUGUUGACCGUUUGAUAUAGAUGAUUUUUUAAAGGGCUAAUUUCAAGCUACCAAUGGUUUAACAACUGGCUCACAAAAUUCCUGAAACUUUGACAGUUGGAUCUCACAAGCUGGUGUGAGCUGGCUCCAGCAUAUCACAGCAUGUGCCCCUGAAAUCAUACAUUUACUCUUAAAAUAUUAGAUCAUUUCCUCCCUCAUCCUAGUUAUCCAUUCAGAGAUACUUUACCUUAUUUUCUGAUUAACAUGUUAAGGGGGAUAUUACUCCUUACAUGUCAGCUACCCUUCCUUCUAUUUCAGUUUCUGUUAAGGAUUUAAUGACUUGUUACUACUGUUUAAAACUACUUGUAGAGUUCUGCCUUUUAAGGGAACUUUGGAUGAAUCCUUGAAUAUCAGUUAUCUAAUGCUAAAUAACAAAUCAAAAUUAACAGUUUUUGAUCCAUCUGUGUUGCUUUUAUUAAUAGUUUUUUGCUUUUUACUGUUAGGUAGUAUUCCAUUGUGUAGAUAUACCACAACUUGUUCAUACGUUAUGGACUUUUGGAUUGUUUCUAGUUGGGGGCUAUUAUGAAUAAAGCAUCUAUGAAUAUUUGUGUACAGGUUUUUGUGUGGACACGUAUUUUCAUUUCUUUUGGGUAGUAGUAAAAUUUUUGGGUCACAUGGUAAGUGUAUGUGGUGCAGUGAAUUACUUAAUAUGGCCCUUCUAGCCAUAGUCUUUGUGACAAUGAUUGUGUGGGACUAUGCAGAUAAGGUGCUUGUGGCCCACCAAGGAGGUUGGACUGCUGCUAAUAAUGCAAAUAAGGUUCAUGGAGCCCUUAUGGGGGUGGAAACAUGCAAAUAAGGUGUAUGGAACACCAACAGGGGAUUGAUCAGUUUUGCCAGUCUGCUAGGCUUAAAAUGAGCUAAUCCCAGGGGCUGGAGGAGGGAACCUCACAAAUACCAAGAAAGGCUGGAAGCGGAGUGUGUCUUUUAGACCUGGGGUCCCUGUGCUGAGUACCUCCUAGACCCAGGAGAUAGAAUGAAACGCCAGAGACAUCAAGAAGUGGCAACAAGCAUGACGAGCCCAGUGCAGAGAAACGGCAGCAGCAGAACCAGAAGACCAGUGCAAAAUGGCGCAGUGGGCUUCCUGGCCCGUGGAGUGAGGCGGCUACAGAGGGUGUGCUGACCCAUGAAGAGACAGAGCUGAGUGCCUUUGGGCAGGAGGUUUGCUGGCAGAGUGGGGUGCCUCCAGACACUUGGGAGCUGCUGACCCAUGAUCCGCAGGGCAAGAGACCUCAGUGCCUUUGGACCACUGAGGCUUACUGGCGAAGUGGGUAUUUCUGGGCACUUAUUGGCAGAGCUAAAGGGCUUUGUAACACUUGCCUGAGCCAUCUAAGAUACAUCUAUUUGUCCCAUCCCACUCAGAGCAAAGAAGAGUGAAGAAAACCAAAGACACGAGAAAAAUACUAGCCCAAAGGACCACAUGAACCAGAGACUUCACCAUCCCGAGACCAGAAGAAUUAGAUGAUGCCUGGCUACAACAAAACAGGCCCCGGUAGAGCAGGAGAAAAAUGUAGAACAAAAUUCAAAUUCAUGUAAAAAGACCAGACUUAAUGGUCUGGCAGAGACUGGAGGCACCCCCGAAACUAUGGCCCCCGGACAUUCAGUUAACCCAGAACUGAAGCCAUCCCUUAAGCUUUUAAGACCCCAAAUGCUACUCACCAAAGUGGGAUGUAGAACAUUUUCUUUAUAAACUAUGUCAUGCCAAUUGACUUAGAUGUCCCCCAAAACUAUGGUUCCCAGGCCCCAGCUCCUGUUACUCUGUCCCUCAUAAUGUUUGGAUGUGUCUAAGAAACUGCUUUUGCUUUGGCCCAGUCGUGCUGACU